AGUUAAACGAAAUCGAGAUAAAGCAAGAAGAUUAGAAGAAUUUAGAAAGGGAGGAGAAGAUAUUGGAUCUAAUACAUUUAAAAACUCCUGGAUGAGCUCAACGAUAUUUGAUGUAUUCUUACAAGAACUUGUAGUCUAA